AUGGCCGAAAACCAACCCGACGCCAAAAACCCUCCCACAAGCCUCGGAGGGCAGACGGGAGUGGGAACAGGAACACCAAAUACCUUGAGCGGAGCAACAAGGGCCCAAACAUCACCAACACCCUCAAAAAAGGCGACACCAUCAUCAUCAUUGCCUGCUAGAUCUUCCUCCUCCUCCUCCUCCUCAUCAGCACCAAUAAGGCAAAACACACCAACGCCAUCGCAGACGCCCUCACAAACACCAAUGCCAACACCCUCACCACCGCCGCCGCCGCCACCACCAUCAAGUUCCGCCCGGCCCCUCACAACAUUCAUCAUCUCAACCACCACAAACGCAACAUCAACACCCACACCAUCACUCUCCGACCCGCCACCACUCCCCUCACCAACAUCUAUCCCGAGCGUGAUCCCAAUCUCAACACCAGGAGGCGACCUCACCCCCUCACCAACACCAUCCUUCAUCCCCCCGCCUCCGCCGCCCGUGAUACCAGAAACCACACCCCUCCUAAGCCUCACACCAACCCCGACACCGACACCCACACCAAGCGGCAACGCCAACAGCGGCAGCGGCGGCAUCGCGUCGCCCAGCCAAGCCGAGACCUCGGGCGGCAGCAACGUGAAGCUGAUGCCGGCGCUGCCCAUCUCGCUGGGCUCCGUGGGCGGGGUGUUGAUCUUUGGGUUGGUGAUUGGGAUGCUGUACCGCAAGGGCCGGUGGCCGUUCCGCAAGAGGCGGAAUUUUGCGCAGAUUGACGAGUUGGAGGUGGAGAGGCAGCAGGAGCUUGAGAGGCAGAAUAAGAUGAAGUGGGAUCCGAGGGUGACGAGGACGUAUCGGACGCAGGAUGCGGGGGUGAACUUUUGA